UUAUGUAGAUAAACAAGACCCUUGUUACUUUGGAAAGCGCUGUCAGUCUUCCACUAUGUAACGUUUUGCUUCAGCUGUACUAGACAACCUGUAGGGGGACCGAAGCUCCGCUCCGACUGCACGCGCGCUCCCGCGGCCAGGGGAUACAAAUCCUGGCGGGGAUAAGUACCUUGGCACGACUGAUGUCGUUCGUGCACGUUUAAGGUACCUAAACAACGACUGUUAAUGUUUUUUGAGGAAAUGUUUUGGGUGGGCCUGUUGAAAAGUGGGUGGGCCUAGGCCCGUCAGGCCCACCCAUAACGCCGUGCCUGAUGGGACGUUGCCGUAUUUCCAGUCUACAAACGUUUAGCUGAACCACGGAGCGGUGAGAGAAUAGCCUCAGGGCGGACAGACAAACUGUGUGUGCUGUCAGAGGAGACGCGAUGUGGAGCAGCAGUCGGUGGGCUCUUCUACCUCCCGUCUACUCUGUGCUCACUGCUGCCGGACUGUGGCUGGUAUACUUUGUAGCUGUAAAUGAUGAGAAGAUCGCAACCCUGGGUUCAUCAUACAGCUGUCGGCCAGUUUGGUGGAACAGGCUCGCAUGCUCCGGUAUCGUCUCCCAGAUGGAGGCAGAGUGUGUGAUCUUGGUGAAUUUGUUUGUGUUAGAAAUGGUAUUUACUGAGGAGAUGAUCCACAACGUUGGCACCUUAAUGACGUUUGGACUGGGAACGCUGUACUGCUGGGUGCAGUCCUACAUCACCCUGAGAGUGGAUCUGAACAAUGAAGGGAGGAAGGCUGGGAUCAUCCGCUUCCUGUUGUCUGGAUCCAUCACCGUCUGCUUGAUCGUCCACUUCUCCCUGAUGGGUCAGCAACUCCACAUGCAAGCAGCUCAGUGCCAGUGGGCGCUGGUCAUGUUCUUCAUCACCUUCUUCGGCACUUUUGCCAUCGAGUUUCGCCACAACCGCUUCGACAUCGUGUGCACAGACAACUCUGGGCGUACAGCGAGCCGGUCAAAGGCGCUCUCUGAAGCAUCCCGGUACCAGCCGGACCAAUGUAGGGAUGUCACACUGUCUGACGUUUAAAGAUCCUCAGGUUUAACUGCAGGAGGCGCAUGGAUCAGCAACUUUUAGAUGCAUUUAUUCCAUCUUUUUUUACUCUACUCACUCUUACCAAAUAAUAAUCACCACUUCAUGUACACAUGUUUGACUGUAAGAUAUUUUUUAUCUACAAACAUUCAAAAGUAGAGUAUUAUUGUACUCAUUUCUCUUUAUAUGCAAGGACACUUUUUUUAAACAUUACAAAGUCUAAAUGUUUUACUUGUUUCAUGUUAUGAAUCAAAACGCAAUCAGUAUCAAUAAAAAUACAGCAACGUUG